GAAACUGAGCAGCUGACCAAGAAGAUAGCGGAUGAGUACAGCCUUCCGACCAUGAUCACGUCAAAACACCUAGACUCGCCUCAGCCUAUAAAGAGCAGGCCUAGGCGAAGUACGCUCUUGAACUUCAGUCCACCAUCGAACGAGUUUCGAAAUCACCUUUUUAGAAACACGACAGGUAUGGUUCCCCGGUAUUAUCAAACAAUCACCGUCCCGGAAGGCAUUCCUUCCUCGGACGGUCGCUGGAGUUGCCUUCAUUGCGUCAAAACCUUCAACUCGGUUGAGGGUGCGACACAGCACAUGAGAAGCAAUAGUUGUCAGCAUCUUUAUUACUGGUGCAAAUGUGGCGGUAAACAUAAGUUCUUCAAGACGGAGGGUCAUAUACUUUGUCACGCCUUCGAUGGUUGUCCGUUAACUUUUUCAGGCGUCAAUGUCUUUACGCAGAGCAUAAUCAGCAAGGCAGUGUGCGGAUACUGUGGGCAGCAGACGAAGAGCCGAACCUACAACGGUGUCCAGGAUCACAUUCAAGCUGUGCACAGUCGUAUAAGCUGGUCGUGCACCACUGACGAAGGCGUGACCGUCUACUUCCGCUACCAGCAGGACUACCUCGCCUACAAACACCUGACUUCCGCCUGCAAGAAGAACGCGUUCAAAGAUGUUGAGCUCUUCGGGCACUUUUUGGAUGAUUAACAGCUUUCGCUAGUCUGUCGUUCCUGCGGCAAGGCAAUUGGAGUGAGCGAGGUUACAGAUCAUGUUUGCGAGAAUGUCGACGAGGAGAAAGAGGAAGUGGGGUCAGACGAGGAGGUCCACGACGAGCAUCGGUAACUUCAUGAUCACUUCCUUGCCAAGAUAUGGUCCGAAGUACCGGAGGUGAAGAGAUCCUUGC